AUGAAUGGAAAGAAGAAGAGAAGCCAGAAGUCAAAGAAGAGCCAACACCAGGCAUCGAAGAAGGGAAAGGACAAGAAAAAGAAGGCUUCAAAGCCUAAAGAGGUAUGUUUUUCAUUAUUGUUUUAUAAUGUUUAGGUAUUAUUAUAUUGGAAAGAAGGUUUUUGCUAUCUAAAGUUUUGGAAAAGAAGUUUUUGCCGUUUUGUUUUGUUGGCUUAAAGUGUAAUACGUAAAAUGGCAGUUUUCACAAAUUUUUAGAGUGAUUUUUACCCAAAUUUAUAAAAAAUAAAUAAAUUUCACUUGUUUUAGAGCACAGUAGAGAUCUACCCAACAUUAACCACAAAGAAAAGAGAGGUAGAAAAGCCAAUGGAGGCCAAGUUCAAGCGUCUAGAGGCUGAACUCGAGGCGGAGAAGGCCAGAUCCAAGAAGUUAUCAGAAGAAAUAGAAGCCUUGAAGCUGGAGCGAGUGUCAUUGAAAGAAGCUCAUGCCGCUGAAGUAUCGCUGAAUGAAGUUGAUCACAUCAGCAUACCAGACCAAUCGACUUGGACUUCAAGAUCGAAUGUUUCUGGGAACAAAAUAUACGGCGACAACGCAGUCGGCAUUAACACUGGAAAAGCGACAGUAGUUAAUAAAACGGUACUAUUUUUAUUGAAACCUACUAAGAUUAAAUUUGAGUAACAUGAUGUCUUUUUGGGUUAUAAUAAGCACCGAAAAAAUUUUAAUCUUGCUUUUGCUAAUAAUUAAAUGUUAACUUUUACAGGUAAUAAAAAACAACAUUAACUUGUUUGUGGCCCCAGACGUGUUAACAAACCGGUCAAACGAUUUGGACGCAAGGUUAUCGCAAUAUAGACUUCUAAAAAGACCGACUCGAGUAAGUUUUGCGUUCCAAAGUUAUCUUUUUAGUUGAAUAUACUAACAACUAAAUUUACAUCUUAGAUUAUAUGGAAUAACAAAAUUUUUGUUUAAUACGUAGUUUCAGGCCGGAAACUUGAAGCACAUUCCAAGAGACACCGUUUUCAAUGUUAAUUACGACUCCCGAUUGUUUAAGGAAGUUCUUAAGGUGUUAACAAGACGUGGCCUUCAGUCAGAUGAUGAGCGAUACAAAGUCAAGAUGUUACGUUUUCUAGUUGCGGCCAACGAAAACGGACACCAUUUUACACCGCACAAGCUUUAUCUCGCUGAAGGUUUCAUCCUACUCAAAGAAGCAUUUAGUCCAUUAAGAGCACUUGAAUUUCAUAAACAAUAUUAUUAUUUGUCUUAAUAAAACAUAAAUAAUACGUAAAUAUGAGUAAGUUUUGAAUUGUUUUGUGCAUGAAAAUUUGUGGAAGCGAUAGUAAAGUACUUAUAAAGUGUUUUGUUUACUUUUUCCGAUCGCAUCUUUAAUAUGCGAGACCUUUAUGUGAAGGUUUCUUCCUUUUUCGUUAUCCAAAACAUUACGCGUCCAACUGGGCCGGUUCCAACAGGGCCGAUUUGCCUUAUAGUAUGUCCGGGCUAUUAUCCUAAUAAUAUCGUAGUAAAUUGCAAUGCUAAGGGUUAAAUACCACAGUAAAGUUGUAUUUACCUCAACAUAUAUAUAUACCAUAGUAAAUGAUGGUAUAUUGGCAAACAAUAUUAAAUACUUGUAAAAUAUAAUAGUUCUACAUAAUUUUGGAAACAUAUUACUAUGUAAAUGACUUUUCAAGUAAAAUCAUGAUUUUACUACAUAUAUAUACAAUGGUAAGUCAUGGUAUCUUGGCAAAAGUUGACUAAAUUGAACUUGGCGGAAGCUUUAGGGGAUUUAGCGGAAGCUUUAAGGGAUUCGGCGAAGACUUUAAGGUGUUCGGCGGAGAGUCGGCGGAGACUUUAGGGGAUUCGGCGGAGAGUCGGCGGAGACUUUAGGAAGUUCGGCGAAGGCUUUAAGGUAUUCGGCGGAGACUAUAGGCGAUUCGGCGAAGGCUUUAAGGUAUUCGGCGGAGACUUUAGGAAGUUCGGCGAAGGCUUUAAGGUAUUCGGCGGAGACUUUAGGGGGUUCGGCGGAGACUUUAGGGGGGUUCGGCGGAGAGUCGGCGGAGACUUUAGGGGAUUCGGCGGAGAGUCGGCGGAGACUUUAGGGGAUUCGGCGAAGGCUUUAAGGUAUUCGGCGGAGACUAUAGGCGAUUCGGCGAAGGCUUUAAGGUAUUCGGCGGAGACUUUAGGGGGUUCGGCGGAGACUUUAGGGGGGUUCGGCGGAGAGUCGGCGGAGACUUUAGGGGGAUUCGGCGGAGAGUCGGCGGAGACUUUAGGGGAUUCGGCGGAGAGUCGGCGGAGACUUUAGGAAGUUCGGCGAAGGCUUUAAGGUAUUCGGCGGAGACUAUAGGCGAUUCGGCGAAGGCUUUAAGGUAUUCGGCGGAGACUUUAGGAAGUUCGGCGAAGGCUUUAAGGUAUUCGGCGGAGACUAUAGGCGAUUCGGCGAAGGCUUUAAGGUAUUCGGCGGAGACUUUAGGAAGUUCGGCGAAGGCUUUAAGGUAUUCGGCGGAGACUAUAGGCGAUUCGGCGAAGGCUUUAAGGUAUUCGGCGGAGACUUUAGGGGGUUCGGCGGAGACUUUAGGGGGGUUCGGCGGAGAGUCGGCGGAGACUUUAGGGGAUUCGGCGGAGAGUCGGCGGAGGCUUUAGGGGAUUCGGCGGAGAGUCGGCGGAGACUUUAGGGGACUCGGCGGAGGGUCGGCGGAGACUUUAGGGGGUUCGGCGGAGACUUUAGGGGAUUCGGCGGAGAGUCGGUGGAGACUUUAGGGGAUUCGGCGGAGACUUUAAGGGAUUCGGCGGAGAGUCGGCGGAGACUUUAGGGGAUUCGGCGGAGAGUCGGCGGAGACUUUAGGAAGUUCGGCGAAGGCUUUAAGGUAUUCGGCGGAGACUAUAGGCGAUUCGGCGAAGGCUUUAAGGUAUUCGGCGGAGACUAUAGGCGAUUCGGCGAAGGCUUUAAGGUAUUCGGCGGAGACUUUAGGGGGUUCGGCGGAGACUUUAGGGGUUCGGCGGAGAGUCGGCGGAGACUUUAGGGGAUUCGGCGGAGAGUCGGCGGAGACUUUAGGGGAUUCGGCGGAGAGUCGGCGGAGACUUUAGGAAGUUCGGCGAAGGCUUUAAGGUAUUCGGCGGAGACUAUAGGCGAUUCGGCGAAGGCUUUAAGGUAUUCGGCGGAGACUUUAGGAAGUUCGGCGAAGGCUUUAAGGUAUUCGGCGGAGACUAUAGGCGAUUCGGCGAAGGCUUUAAGGUAUUCGGCGGAGACUUUAGGAAGUUCGGCGAAGGCUUUAAGGUAUUCGGCGGAGACUAUAGGCGAUUCGGCGAAGGCUUUAAGGUAUUCGGCGGAGACUUUAGGGGGUUCGGCGGAGACUUUAGGGGGUUCGGCGGAGACUUUAGGGGUUCGGCGGAGAGUCGGCGGAGACUUUAGGGGAUUCGGCGGAGAGUCGGCGGAGGCUUUAGGGGAUUCGGCGGAGAGUCGGCGGAGACUUUAGGGGACUCGGCGGAGGGUCGGCGGAGACUUUAGGGGGUUCGGCGGAGACUUUAGGGGAUUCGGCGGAGAGUCGGUGGAGACUUUAGGGGAUUCGGCGGAGACUUUAGGGGAUUCGGCGGAGAGUCGGCGGAGACUUUAGGAAGUUCGGCGAAGGCUUUAAGGUAUUCGGCGGAGACUAUAGGCGAUUCGGCGAAGGCUUUAAGGUAUUCGGCGGAGACUUUAGGAAGUUCGGCGAAGGCUUUAAGGUAUUCGGCGGAGACUAUAGGCGAUUCGGCGAAGGCUUUAAGGUAUUCGGCGGAGACUUUAGGGGGUUCGGCGGAGACUUUAGGGGGUUCGGCGGAGAGUCGGCGGAGACUUUAGGGGAUUCGGCGGAGAGUCGGCGGAGACUUUAGGGGAUUCGGCGGAGAGUCGGCGGAGACUUUAGGAAGUUCGGCGAAGGCUUUAAGGUAUUCGGCGGAGACUAUAGGCGAUUCGGCGAAGGCUUUAAGGUAUUCGGCGGAGACUUUAGGAAGUUCGGCGAAGGCUUUAAGGUAUUCGGCGGAGACUAUAGGCGAUUCGGCGAAGGCUUUAAGGUAUUCGGCGGAGACUUUAGGAAGUUCGGCGAAGGCUUUAAGGUAUUCGGCGGAGACUAUAGGCGAUUCGGCGAAGGCUUUAAGGUAUUCGGCGGAGACUUUAGGGGGUUCGGCGGAGACUUUAGGGGGUUCGGCGGAGACUUUAGGGGGUUCGGCGGAGAGUCGGCGGAGACUUUAGGGGAUUCGGCGGAGAGUCGGCGGAGGCUUUAG